GUCUAAACACUAAACCCUCAAGCAUGUGAGCGCGAUCAUACUGCAAUGCUAAAGUCGCGUUAUAGCGUAGCAUUUACCUACGCGCGCCCGAUUACAGCUCUCACGACUUCAAAAGAAGUUCUCGAAAGACAACACUUCGGAACAAUAGAGUAAGAUAUAGCUGUGAAGGCAUUUAGCUUAGACAGAUAGAUCGAUAUGUCGCGCGACACAUAUGCAAAACAAAUACUGGGGGACGCGUACGAAAACAUCAAAAAUGCGAAGAUUCUGAUGGUUGGCGCUGGCGGGAUUGGAUGCGAAUUGCUGAAGAAUCUGGUUUUGGCGGGAUUCGGAGAGGUUCAUCUGGUGGAUCUGGACACAAUUGAUUUGAGUAAUCUCAAUCGGCAGUUUCUGUUCGGUCAUGAGCAUAUCAAGAAGUCAAAGGCGUUGGUCGCGAAAGAAACUGCGUCAAAAUUCAACCCCGAAGUCAAUCUGGUUGCUUAUCAUGCCAACAUUAAAGAUCCCCAAUUUUCCGUCAGUUGGUUCAAAAGUUUCGAUCUAGUGAUGAACGCUCUGGAUAAUCUGGACACUAGACGAUAUGUCAACCGUAUGUGUUUGACUGCUAAUGUGCCGAUGAUUGAUAGCGGCACUACGGGAUAUAAUGGCCAGAUGAGAGUUGUUGUGAAGGGCGUGACGGAGUGUUACGAGUGCAAUCCCAUUGAGACGCCUAAGAGUUUUCCAGUCUGCACGAUUCGUACAACGCCGAGUCAACCGAUCCAUUGCAUAGUCUGGGCUAAAAGCUAUCUCUUCAAUCAGCUUUUUGGCAUCGACGAGGACGAAGCUACAGCUCCCGAGCUCGAUAAUACGGAAACCGCCGACAACGCCGAGGAAUUGAAGAAUCUACGAACCGAGAACGAAGAGCUAAAGAAAGUAAAGGACGCGUUUGGGACGCUCGAAUUUCCAAAACUUGUGUUUGAGAAAGUGUUCAAGAUAGAUAUUGACCGUCUGCUCUCACUCGCUGACGCGUGGAGGACGCGACGGCCUCCAGUGCCGCUCGACUACAGCGCUGUGAAGACAGCUGCCGACGAAGCUGGUCUUGAUUCUCAGAAGAAAGUUACCAUGCUCGCGGCCGAUGAUCAGCCGAUCUGGAACUUAGUUGAGAAUUUUGCGGUGUUUGCUGAUAGCAUCAGUCGACUGAGCAAUCGGCUCGUUGAGCUCCAGCAAGAAGCUGGUAGCCAAUCAAAGAAGCCGAUUUUGGUGUUUGACAAGGACGACGAUGACACACUUGAUUUUGUGACGGCUGCGGCAAAUCUGCGGUCGAUUGUGUUUGGGAUCGAGACCAAGUCGAAGUUCGAAAUCAAGCAAAUGUCAGGAAACAUCAUUCCGGCGAUUGCAACCACAAACGCGAUCGUGGCGGGAUUGUGCGUCACGCAGGCGUUCAAGAUUCUGAACAACGAUCUCGAGCACGCAAAGAUGGUGUACAUUUCACAGCCUCCUGCGCGAAUGCUCAGUGCGGGCACCUUGCCACCGGCGAACGUUCAUUGCGGAGUUUGCGGGAUUGCGCGGGCUGCCAUUUCAGUGGAUCCGGAGAAGUUGACUUUGGGCGACUUUUUGGAGAAGGUAUUGAAGAGCAAGCUUGGUUACUCUGAGGAAGUGAGUAUCGUGACGUCAAAGCUACUGUAUGAUAUCGAGUUUGACGACAAUCUCGAAAAAACGUUUGUAGAGUUGGGUGUCAGCGACGGCAGCUUUAUCACCAUUAUGGACGAAGAAGAGCCAGAAGACGGUUCACCUGGACGGGUGAACUUGGAGUUUAUAGUAUUGGCUAAGGGCGACAAGAAUGGCGAUGCCGAGGGAGACGCUUAUGUACUUGAUCAGAUUCCCGAGAUACCCAAGAAGCCCAAAGCUGAAAAAGAGCCCGCCUCGGAAGAUGAAGGGAUGAUUGUGGCAAGUGCUGCGCCGAAGCGGAAGGCUGACGAAAUCAGUGGGGAUGACACAAACUUGAACAAAAAGUCAAAGACAGAUGGGAAUGGGGAUAGUGCCACGAUAGUGAUUGAUGACGAGGAUGGAGCGUUUUUGAUUGACUGAUUAGAGAGCUACGAUAUUGCAAGGGAGCGAGCGCGCAUGCAUGUAUAAUUAAACCAUAAUAUGUGUUGAUCAUUGCAGGAUGUUUAUAAAGAAACGCUGAAGCCGCCAUCAAGAGUGAGGAUGGCUCCGUUGCAAUAAGUGUUUUUGAUUAGAAACAUGGCCGCGUCGGAGACUUCCUCGACUG